CCCUCCUCCACCUUCCCCCCGUGCCGCGGUGUCCGGUGCAGAUCCGGUGACUUGCCCCCCGCCGGUGCAGGUGAUGGACGGAGACGGAGGUGCGGAGCUGCGCGCGGAGUUCACCGACGCGGCGACGGGGAGACUGAGAUUCUCCGUGACCUUAACGCACAGCCGCCUGUCGGUGCGGAGGCUCGGGGGUCCCGGGUCGCCCGUGUGGCAGCAAGGUCAGGAGCUCGCGCUCGGGGACUGCGUGGGAUGCCGCGCGUGCCGGAGCGAGGACGAGGCGGACGCGGCGGCGUAUCUGUCGGUGUAUCUGUACCCGGUGCGGCGCGGCUGGACCGGAGCUCCCUCCGGCCGCCAAAGGGUGGAGCACCGAUUCAGGGUCCUCACCGCGGGGGACGCGCGCGCUAACCUGGGGGAGGCGGAGCGGUGGGCGCGCGCUGUCAGGCACCGUGCAGCACAGCACGGCCAGGCUCUCAGAGACGGUAUUGAGUUUAACCGAGUGUGUGUCAGACGGCGCAUGAUGGUGCUGGUGAAUCCUCAGAGUGGACGAGGCCAGGCGAUGUCUCUCUACACUGGCCCUGUAUUGAGCAUGCUCACUGAGGCGAACAUCUCUCACACACUCAUCACCACAGAGCAUCAGAACCAUGCACGUGAGUUGGUAAGGAGCGCCGAUCUGUCAGAGUGGAGCGCCAUCGUCAUCCUGUCAGGGGACGGACUUCUGUUCGAGGUGAUCAAUGGUUUGAUGGAGAGGGAAGACUGGGACGAAGCGAUCCGCACUCCACUCGGCAUCCUGCCUGGAGGAUCUGGGAAUGCACUUGCAGCAUCGGUGCACCAUUACACACAAGCUAGCCCUGCACUGGGUGAGGACUUGCUGCUAAGCUGUUGUUUCCUGCUCUGUAAAGGUCUGGUGUGUCCCCUGGACAUCGUCUCUGUGCGUCUCUCCACUGGUCCCCGUCUCUUCUCCUUCCUGUCACUCGCUUGGGGCUUUGUGGCUGACGUGGACAUUGAAAGCGAAAAGUUCCGCCAAGCUGGUGCUAUGCGCUUCCUCGUGGGCACUGUUCUGCGCCUGGCAUCUUUACGUACUUACCAGGGCAAGCUGGCAUUCCUGCCUGCUAGAGAGAACUCAGACAUGGCAUCGAUUUCCUCCUCCCCUGGUUCACAUCCUCAUUCCAUUUUUUGUUCCUCUAUUCAGUGUCUACCACAAGUACUGCAGAAGAAAAGAAAUCCUCAUAAAUGCACAAGUAAAAAUCCACAUCCUAACUCUAAUGAUGAUGAUUUCUUACUCGCUGAAAAUGAGCCAAAGGAUGACAAACUACCUGACAACCUUUUGAGCCCUAUUGAAGAUCCAGUGCCAACAGAUUGGACCAUAGAAAAAGAGCAAGAAUUUGUUUUAGUUCUGGCAACCUGCCACUCUCACCUGGCAGAGGAGCUGAUUGUGUCACCGGAUGCUCGGCCUGAUGACGGGUCCCUUCACCUGCUCUAUGUAACAGCAGGAAUAUCACGAUCAGCCUUGCUUCGACUCUUCCUGGCCAUGGAGAAAGGGACACACCUGACAUGUAAUUGCCCACAUCUUAUGUACCGGCGUGUUCGAGCACUUAGGCUUGAGCCAAUCACGAAGCCUGGAGUCAUUACUGUGGAUGGGGAGCAGGUGGAGUAUGGACCAAUUCAAGCUCAAGUGCACAAGGGAUACGGAAGACUUAUAAGUGGAUGA